CCUCUCUCCUCAACACUGGCCACUGCUGUCUCUCACAUGUCCAAAUCUAACCUCUCAUCUCACCAAAUACAAACACUCUAGAACUUAACCUCCAAAACUAAAAUAACUUCCCCUUUAUACCUGACUCUACCUGUUUAUUCUCUAUACCUUACCUUUCAUUUGCCUUUCCCACUUCUCACUGCCCUUUCUUCGGACACGCAUCGUCCUAGUGUUUUUCUAUUUCUGUUUGUCCCUCACACACUAUAUAUAUAUAUAUAGUAAUAUAAUAUAAACCCAAAUCAAUCUCCAAAUUUGCUAACACAUCCCUCUCACUCCAAAAACUUUUCAAAUGUCCCAAAACGCCUUCCACUUUUGACUCACUCUCAGAUCAUCACCUCCAAAUUCUAGCUCCAAAAAAUCAAAACCCCAAAAAAAAAAAAAAAAUUCCCAUCUGACUUUAGGGUUUCUUGUGUAGAGCCCCAUUUGCACGAAAUCUAGAAUCUUGUUCUUUGUUCCCCCAUUUCGGUUAUCCAAAUUAGGGUUUUCUUUUUCCACUGUAAAUUAAUUAAUUGGGGUGGAAUUUAGCUCCCGAAAGUCGUCAUUUGGUGGAAAAUUUUGGUUCCUGAUUACCUUUUGUCAAAAAAGAAGUCACUUCCAAGCCGAACAAUAAGGGCAGGGUCAAGUUUGAGCCUGCAUUUUGUUGUUAUAAUAAGCUGGAGCGAUCAAGAUGCUGUCUUUGAAUCCCAAAUGGGAAAAUCUCGAUAAUACAAGCUCUUUCUUUCAUUUAGCUGAAUGGCAUCCAUUGCAAUAGCCAAGUUGAUUUGGGCUUGGAGCCCUUUCCUUCUUCUGUAAAAAUCAGGUGGUGGGGAUAAAUUUCUUUGGUUGGUGAUAUAUAGUUAACCACUUCAAGAUUCAAGUUUCUCAUGUUGAGUAAGAGUAUAGCUAGAAUGAUGGGUUGCUGCGGCUGCUUUGGUUUUAGUAGAAGGCCCAGACCACAACCGAGACCGCCUUCUGCCUACAAUAAUAACCAUUCGCAGGAGCUGUUGUUGGAUGAUGAGAUAGAAGAUGAUGAUUGUUCAUACAAUGGUGAUGUUACUGAUACCAAUCAUGGAGAUGAUGCUGAGUUGCACAGUCGCACCAAAUGUUCUGAAGAGAUUUUAAGGCUUAGAGAACAAAGUGGAAUGGUUUGCAGGCAAUUUCCUGUAAAGGAAACUCAUCAAGUUGUUCGCACAGAGGAUGAGAAUGGCAAUAAAAGGGUCAAUGAGUACGUUCGUGAGUAUAAGAUUGGUGCUGGUAGCUAUGGGAAAGUGGUUUUAUAUCGAAGCACUGUAGAUGGAAAGCAUUAUGCAAUUAAGGCCUUUCAUAAGUCUCAUUUGUUAAAGCAGCGAGUUGCACCGUCAGAGACUGCUAUGACUGAUGUGCUUCGUGAGGUUCUAAUAAUGAAAAUGUUGGAUCAUCCUAAUAUUGUUAAUCUCAUUGAGGUGAUUGAUGACCCAAACACAGAUCACUUCUACAUGGUUCUUGAAUUCGUGGAGGGAAAAUGGGUUUGUGAGGGUUCAGGUCCACCAGGUGGCUUGGGAGAAACCAAAGCAAGAAAAUAUUUGCGAGAUAUAGUUUCGGGGCUUAUGUAUCUCCAUGCUCAUAAUAUUGUACAUGGUGAUAUCAAACCUGAUAAUCUCUUGGUUUCUCGUGAUGGUACGGUGAAGAUAGGGGAUUUCAGUGUCAGCCAGGUGUUUGAGGAUGAUAAUGAUGUGCUCCGUCGAUCCCCUGGGACUCCUGUUUUCACUGCUCCUGAGUGCUGUCUUGGUCUAACCUAUCAUGGCAAAGCUGCAGACACCUGGGCUGUGGGAGUUACUUUGUACUGUAUGAUAUUGGGUCAGUAUCCGUUUCUGGGUGAAACACUGCAGGAUACAUAUGACAAGAUUGUUAACAACCCAUUAUUUCUCCCGAAUGAUAUGAACCCACAACUGAGGAACUUGCUAGAGGGACUUCUAUGCAAAGAACCAAACGAGAGAUUGACAUUGGCGGCUGUUGCAGAGCAUACUUGGGUUAUUGGUGAAGAUGGGCCAGUUCCUCAGUAUUUAUGUUGGUGCAAGCGUAAGAACCUGCCAAAGGAAGAAUCUGAUGGGAGCAAUGAAGAUACUUUACAUAACCCAAACUGACUAACUUUUGUACAGUUAAAAGGGUAGCGUGUAUUUUCUUUUUGUUUUGACUCUUUUUUUUUUUUGAUCCAUCAAUAUGUUUUUCUUUGUUUUAUUAUUUUAUUUUUGGGAUGCAUCAAUCUGAUUGGCAAGGGAGGCAAAUCAUGAUUAGGGAGAAUUCUAGGAAAAGUUAUCUGGAGUAGAAGAAAUAUGAGGCCCAUCACGCUCAAGGAUGAACCAGUCCAAAAAGAAAGGCAAUGAGUUGGUUAGGAUUUUUGAGUUUUGAAUUAUGACAAAUAGAUAUAUUCAGUACUGGUAAAUUGGGAAUCAAGUAAUGAUUUGUAGAGAAACCUGUGUUGUACCGGGUCAACUGCAUCUAAAUUAUUAUUUUUGAGUUGACUGUUUGAUUGAAAAAAAUACUAGUACUCUAUUUCCUUU